UAUUUUUUCCAAAGGUGUCUAAUCUACACAGAACUGGAAAUCUAACCAGUGUCUCAGAAUUCUUCCUCCUGGGCCUCUCAGAUGAUCCAGAACUACAGCCUUUUCUCUUUAUCCUCUUCCUGUCUAUGUACCUGGUCACCAUUUUAGGGAACCUGUUCAUCAUCCUGGCUGUCACCUCUGACCCCCACCUCCACACCCCCAUGUACUUCUUCCUCUCCAACCUGUCCUUGGCUGACAUUGGUUUGGUCUUCACCACAGUCCCCAAAAUGAUUGUGAAUAUCCAAACUCACAGCAGAGUCAUCUCCUAUGAAGGCUGCCUGACACAGAUGUCUAUUUUUCUCCUUUUUGGAUGUAUGGAUGGUACUCUUCUCACUGCAAUGGCUUAUGACCGGUUUGUGGCCAUCUGUCAUCCACUGCACUACAUGGCCAUCAUGAGCCCACACCUCUGUUGCCUCUUAGUUUUGGUUUCUUUUUUUGUUAGUCUUUUGGAGUCACAGCUGCACAACUGGAUUGCAUUACAACUCACCUGCUUCAAAGAUGUAGAAAUUUCUAAUUUCUUCUGUCUCCCUUCUCAACUCCUCAAGCUUGCCUGUUGUGACACUUUCACCAAUAACGUAAUCAUGUAUACUGCUGGUGCCGUCUUUGGUUUUCUUCCUGUCUCGGGGAUCUUUUUCUCUUACUGUAAAAUUCUCUCCUCUGUUCUGAGAGUCCCCUCAUCAGGUGGCAUGAAUAAAACCUUCUCCACCUGUGGUUCUCACCUGGCAGUUGUUUGUUUAUUUUACAUAACAGGCAUUGAUGUGUAUUUCAGUUCAGCCAUCUCACAACCUUCUAGGAAGUUUGCAGUGGCCUCAGUGAUGUACACUGUGCUCACUCCCAUGCUGAACCCCUUCAUAUACAGUCUCAGGAACAAGGACAUCAAAAGGGUCAUGCGGAGGUUUCUCAGCAAAAUGUUUUACACUUAG